CGGGGCCGCGCUUGGCCUGGCCGAGGCGGGCCGCGCGCUGCAGGGCGGGCGUCAUGGCUGCUGCGAGACAACCCCGGGUCGGGGAGCUGCUGGCCGAGGCGCGCCGGGCCUUCCGGGCGGAGUUCGGGGCCGAGCCCGAGCUGGCCGUGUCCGCGCCGGGCCGCGUCAACCUCAUCGGGGAGCACACGGACUACAACCAGGGCCUGGUGUUGCCCAUGGCUCUGGAGCUUGUGACCGUGCUGGUGGGCAGCCCCCGGACGGACGGGCUCGUCUCCCUUCUCACCACCUCCGAGGAGGCCGAUGAGCCGCGGCGACUGCAGUUCCCACUGCCCACCACCCAGCGGUCACUGGAGCCCGGGACCCCGCGAUGGGCCAACUAUGUCAAGGGAGUGAUUCAGCACUACCCAGCUGCCCCCCUUCCUGGCUUCAGCGCAGUGGUGGUCAGCUCAUUGCCCCUGGGGGGUGGGCUGUCUAGCUCAGCAUCCCUGGAAGUGGCUACGUACACUUUCCUCCAGCAGCUCUGCCCAGACUCCCCAUCCACCUCGCAUUGUGCCGCAGACUCGGGGACAAUAGCAGCCCGGGCCCAAGUGUGCCAGCUGGCUGAGCACACCUUCGCGGGGGUGCCCUGUGGCAUCAUGGACCAGCUGAUUGCCCUUCUGGGGCAGAAAGGCCACGCGCUGCUCAUUGACUGCAGGUCCCUGGAGACAAGCCUGGUGCCGCUGUCAGACCCCAAGCUGGCAGUGCUCAUCACCAACUCCAACGUCCGCCACUCCCUGGGCUCCAGUGAGUACCCACUGCGGCGGCGCCAGUGUGAAGAAGUGGCCCGGGCGCUGGGCAAGGAGAGCCUUCGGGAGGUGCAGCUGGAAGAGCUUGAGGCUGGCAAAGAGCUGGUGAGCAAAGAGGGCUUCCGGCGGGCACAGCACGUCGUGGGCGAGAUCCGCCGCACAGCCCAGGCUGCAGCUGCCCUGAGCCGCGGGGACUACAGAGCCUUCGGCCGCCUCAUGGUGGAGAGCCACCACUCUCUCAGGGAUGACUACCAGGUGAGCUGCCCCGAGCUGGACCAGCUGGUGGAGGCCGCGCUCUCCGUGCCUGGGGUUUAUGGCAGCCGCAUGACGGGUGGUGGCUUUGGUGGCUGCACAGUGACACUGCUGGAGGCCGCCGCCGCUUCCCGCGCCAUGCAGCAUAUACAGGAGCAGUACAGUGGCACCGCCACCUUCUACCUCUCUCACGCCGCCGACGGAGCCAGCGUGCUGCACCUGUGACCUGCCCCAGGGCCCGCCCAGCCUGCAGGCCACUCCACUCUCUGUCCAACACCGGCCCCCCACAUCUGGGUGCUCAAUAAACUUGUGCCUCCGACCAUGAAA